AAGGAUUGCAACACUGCACUGGCUGUUCUCUUGCUGCUGCUGCUGCUGCUGCUGCUGCUGUUGUUGUUGUGUUGCAUGGCUGUUUAUUCGGUCGCUCCUGCUCCAUUCGCACCUGCUUCACCCUCACCGUGCCUCGCUUGCGGCGGACGUGAUUGCUAGCUUCAUUGCGUGCGCGGGGAAACGCUGGCUUCUGCCUCUUGUCAAAUGCACACUCAUCCCCAUUCCCUUCCUCCGUCCCCCAAGCAUCGCAACAGCACGCAACUUGCUGCAGUACGACCGCCUGGACAUCGUGUAAUUUGCUGCUCCAGUCCAAGAUUCUUCUUCUGACCUUACCGCAGCACCAUGUUCUAUAUGAACGACUACUGCGAGGCGCAGCAGCCCGACGGGCUCUGGUAUCGAGGCACGAUACAAGGUGGACCUUACACGGCCACCAACGGUCGUGCGUACUACAGAGUCCAUGUGCAUCAUCCUCUCAACAAGCACGAAAUGAUAUGGGAGAUCUUUCUUCGUCCCGAAGCCGAUGACUACUCCAAUAACGAGACUGUCUUCCACUUCCAUGCAAAUGGCCACACAGUCACCAUGGGAAUGAACCAGAUGAUGGGUAUCGCCAAUCGGUUCCGGGGACCUCCAGGUGGUGCUACUGGACUUCUGGCACCCCAAGUGCCCGCCGCACAGCCUAUUGUACCCUUGAAGCGGCCUCUGGAUGCAAGUCAGGUGCCGAUUACGCCUAGUGUGAAAGCAGAGGUCGUUCGGCCAACACUUUCCAAACCUAGCAUAGCGUCGAAAUCCGUAGGAACUCCUACUGCGGGACCUGCAGCCAAACGCGUAGCUUCUACAUCCGUGGGAACUUCCACUGCGGAACCUACAGCCAAACGCAUAGCCCUUCAGCCUUCUAGCAUUACUGGGACCAGUACAACUCCUGUGCAAGCUGGUGGCGGUGUUCCAUUCAUGCAUGCGAGACCUUCACCUGCACUCCUCGAAGGUUCGGCCAUCAAGGUGCGUGUACGGCCGGGCAUAAUACAAGACUCGAGGAUCUGGUGCUUGCCUAAGGCCCUUCUGUCCAAAUACUCGCCGUUCUUCAAAGCCACGUUCCACAGUACGAUUGACGCCAACGGUAAGACCGCUGUCAAUCUGGACGGCUUUGAGCCAUCAUCUUUCACAGAUUUUGUACAAUGGAUGUAUUAUGGGUCUCGCAUCUCCACAGCUGACCGCGAUUCAUGGGCAGACAUAGAUGCCUGGCUCCUGGGAGAUAAGCUCGAAGUACCGGGCUUUCAAAACGCCAUCAUGGGAGACAUAUACACGCACCACACUGCCCUUGCUGAUCAUCCGCAGCUACGGUCGGUAUUUGUGGAUCAUUUAUGUAUGAAAACAGGAGCCGAAUCUCCCUUGCGACUGUUCUUCCUCGAUCUAUUGGCGCAGCAAUUCUCCCGUCAUGACGCCGCGCAGGAGAUGCUGCAAGGAUGGGAAGUGGUUUUUCAAAAGCACGCUGAUGUGCGGUCAACCGUGGUUCAACCCGACAGUGCUGCGGGUCCUGUUCUGAAGAAGAGAGAGUGUUACAUGGUCGACACCAACUGCGCUAAAUCAGGUGGAUGCACUCAACUUGCUACAGUCAUUGUCAAAGCCGAAGAAGGAGGACCUGCGCAGUCUGAUGCUCAAACCCACCCUCGGGUCAAGGUAGAGAUCAAACAAGAGCCUAACGAGGCUUGA